UUAGGUCGGCGGCGGCUGGGGCUGAGGAGGAGGAGGAGGCGGCAGCAGAGGGGAGGAAGGAAGGAAGGAGGUGGCGGCGGGGAGAGGGGGAGAAAACAAAACCACCCCGAUAAAAAUAACAGCAGCCCUGUGAGGAAGGCCCGGCCAAGCUGACGGAGCGAGGCCGCCGCCGCCGCCUCCUCUCCCUCCCGUUCGCCGCCGGUGGGCGGGUGGGCGGCAGCCAUGACGCUGGAGUCCAUGAUGGCCUGUUGCCUCAGCGACGAGGUGAAGGAGUCGAAGCGCAUCAACGCCGAGAUCGAGAAGCAGCUGCGGAGGGACAAGCGCGACGCCCGCAGGGAGCUCAAGCUCCUCUUGCUCGGCCAACGCACUCCUGAUCCGGGAAGUGGACGUAGAAAAGGUCUCAUCCUUUGAGCAGCCCUACAUAAGUGCAAUUAAGACAUUGUGGAACGACCCGGGCAUCCAGGAGUGUUAUGACCGGCGGCGAGAAUACCAGCUCUCCGACUCUGCUAAAUACUACCUUACCGACGUGGAUCGUAUCGCCCUGCCAGGGUACCUCCCAACCCAGCAAGACGUCCUGCGGGUCAGAGUCCCGACAACUGGGAUCAUAGAAUACCCCUUUGACUUAGAGAACAUUAUCUUCAGAAUGGUGGAUGUUGGGGGACAGAGGUCAGAACGGAGGAAAUGGAUACACUGCUUUGAAAACGUAACCUCCAUCAUGUUCCUAGUAGCUCUUAGUGAAUAUGACCAAGUUCUGGUGGAGUCCGAUAACGAGAACCGUAUGGAGGAGAGCAAAGCCCUUUUCAGGACCAUCAUCACCUAUCCCUGGUUCCAGAACUCCUCCGUCAUCCUUUUCCUCAACAAGAAGGAUCUGUUGGAAGACAAGAUCAUGUACUCUCAUCUUGUGGAUUAUUUCCCGGAGUUUGAUGGCCCCCAGAGAGACGCCCAGGCGGCUCGGGAGUUCAUCCUCAAGAUGUUUGUGGAUCUAAACCCCGACAGCGACAAAAUCAUCUACUCUCACUUCACAUGUGCCACAGAUACGGAAAACAUUCGGUUUGUCUUUGCUGCUGUCAAGGACACCAUUCUGCAGCUCAACUUGAAGGAAUAUAACCUAGUCUGACCUUGAUUUGCCUGCCCUCUUCUUCCCUACCCCACCCCGCCCACCCCUGCCCCCCUCCCCAGAUAUCCUCGGGAGACCUUUUGUUGUGAAGAAAGUUAAAGACGAGAGAACCCCAUGAAUUUAAACAAAACAAAAAAAUUGUACAGGGGGGGAAGAAUCUUGAUUUUUAAUGAUGUAAUGAUUGCAAAUUGAUCUGUGGAGUGGCAAGGUCUUUGGGGUUUUUUUGUUUUGUUUCAUUUGCUCACUUGUCAUCAUGGAGUCUCUGUCUGCUCCACAGAAUAGCUGGUGAUGAUGAUGAUGAUGAUUUUUAAAAAAACAAAUGUGCUUUUAUUUCACAGUUUAAAAAACCAACAGGGGACAUGUUUCCACUCUCUCGCACUUUGUUAAUUUCUUGCUUUCUGGUCGACAGCCCAAGGCGAGCCUUCCUCUCAGACUCUGUCCUUCUGCGUUAGCCAAUUCUUACUGUUCCUUUCUGUUCCAGCGAUAAGAUGGAGUCCACAGGCUUCCUGGCCCAAGGCCUGACAAGCUCUCUCUCUCUCUCUCUCUCUCUCUCUCUCUCUCUCUCUCUCUCUCUCUCUCUCUCUCUCUCUCUCUCUCUCUUGGCCGUGGAAGAUAACUGGGUGCUCCUUUGUACCUUCGCCUCGCGUGCCGCACGAUUCCUCUAGUGCAGCUUUGCUCACUGCGCUGGCUUUUCGGCCCGGGAGCCUUGGCGUCUCCUGCCCAAAAGGACUUGGGGGUACCUGGAAGACACCUUGGGAGGAACAGAGGCUUCUGUCUCUUUUAACAGUAGUGCAAAAAAAAAAAAGCUAUCUCUUUUCCUUCCUCGUUUUUUUUUGUACCACCUUAGUAUAGAUUCUCUUCCCUUCCUUAUCAAUUAUGAAAUUUAUAUUGAGACUGUGAUUUUUUUUAAAUUAUUGUACUAUAUAUAGUUUGCUACAUCAUACGCUGUACUUCUGUUGUUCAUAGACUUACAAACCAAGCAAUAGCUAACGAGCCUGGAGGGGGGGGGGGCGGGGAAGUGCCUGAACGUUGUUGUUGCUGUAUUAUCUUUUUUUAAGAGAAAGGAAGCUCACUGUAGGGAGUCUUCUCGCCCGGCAUGAGGACUCGGCGUGUUUCGCAUGGCGGGGAGCGGAGCCUGAAUUGGGCUGGAAGAGAGAUCUGAGGUUCUGAUUCAUUUUCCUAGAUCCUCUCUCCCCCCCCCUCGCCCAUAUGCAUGUGUGCAUCAUGCCAACAACCGCUUGGGUUUGUAAGGACCCCCCCCCCCAAAAAAAAUGUGUCGAUCCUUCAGGGUUAAUCCGAGCAAGGAAGGAUCCACCGAUUUUUGUGGCCUGCAGAGGAUGCUUCUUUUAUCUUGUUAAGUUCCAAGAAAUGAGUCGGAAGCUCUCUGCAACCCAUUGCCUCCUCAAACUACAUUUGCCGGGGUUAGUGUGAGUGCUAGCUACUACUUAACCUCCCGUGCCCCUUAAACUUCCAAAGGCUUUGUUCUACCAGAAGCAGUUGCACAGGUAUUUAUUCUGGGGGUGGGGAGCCCACCGUCUUGGGGCAGGGGGAAGAAGAAAGGGCUUGCAGCAGCAGCAGCAGCAGCAGCAGGCCAGCAUCGGAACUGGUGGAUCUGCUUUGGCCGAGACAGCGGUUUUAGCUUUUCAAAGCGGGCAAGAGGAAAAGGUUCCGCUUCUGGACUCUCUGUGCCAAAACGUGUUCAGAAAAGCCUGCUUUUGAAGCCAGCAGGAGACGGUGCCAAAAAAAAAAAACACCCCACCCAACCCCGAUGAGAAACUCUUUGCUGGUUCGCCAGGAAGGAGAAUCGCCACGGGGCUGGAGCAAGGGACGUUUUCGGGAGGGCAGGUGAGCUUUUUAAGUUGCGCCCUCUGGAUGCAAGGAAGUACAGACAAACACUAAUGUGGCUUCAGGAGUGCUCACAGCCAAUUUCUCAGACGCUACAGAGGACAGCCUGAGACUUCUACGUAUUUUCGAACGGCCAGGUUAGGCCAGCAAAGAGAGUGUCAAAUGUGCUUUUAAACGUCGCUUAGGGCAACACUAGGUAAACUUCUUUUCGCGUUUUUCUCUUGACACUACUAAAAACCCUAAUUGCACGUGGAUACCUGCAGCAUUCCAGGUUUUUUUGGGGGGGGGUAAGGCGCAGAGUGCUGCCUCCAGGUUUUUCUGGGUCUGCUCCACGUCACCAAACACUACAGAAGAAAGCAGAAGUGAGCCGUAUUUCUUGUUUUGUUGCUUUUGAUUUUUGGAAGGGGAUUCCUGGCUUCUCCUGCACACCCAGCACCAUGAACCCGAUAAGUUCUUCACUUGGGAGACGAAGUAGGAGGCGGAAUCCCACGCACGCUGAGAGGUCCUGUUGAGUCAAUGAAGAGCACGGCAGCCUCUGCUUUCUAGAAUAACCAACAUUCCUGAUUUUGUCUAAAUGUGUUUUUUUGGGGGGGGGAGUGACAAUGGUGAGGGAGGGGAGGGGCUUCCUGCUUAGGCCAGGACGACCGUGUCAGUUUCUGUCAUCUUGCCAAAAGACAACUCUUCUGCAAGGGAAGUUCUGCAUUUGCAAACGUGCCAUGGGUUUCCUCCUCUCGCCGUCGCUCACCUGGAGUCUCUUUCUUUUGCACACCUCGAUCUGCAACGUCCACUGCAGGCAUUGGAUGUGUGUACCUGAGAAAUCUAGGAGCCAGGAAGCCAGUUUCUUGAGCUUAACAUCUCUUGUAUUGACUCUUUGGGGGGGGGGCGCUCCAUGCCUGAAUCUGGCUUGGUUUGUCGAACGGUGGUGGCCCCCUGCAGAGAAAUGUCCAUUGUGCGCCUACGUUGAUGGCGCAGAUUCGAGGAUGGAGUGGGAGGCGCUCGUUGUGAAGGUGAUAUUCUUGCAAGCGACACCCGCCCACCCCCACUCGGGUGCCGUUGCGAAGCCUCCUUCUACGGACCAGCUUUUGCGAUGGGCGACCCGUCCCUCGAUCCCGGUCCUCGCUUGCUCUCGAUGUGCCAAAGCCAUCCCACAGCAUCCUCCCUCUUUCCCCGGCCUACCCGAUGGGAGUUGGUUUGAGGUUUCAGGUGUGCCAGAAGCCAAGGACCUGGGGAUUCUCGCAUGUGGUGGUGGAGAAACUCGAAAAAGAAAAAGGAAAAAAAAAACAGCCGAGAUGAAGGAGCAACCUGUUGACCAAGUUCUGAUCACAGUGCACUUUAAACGAAAAAAAAAACCCCAAGCCCUACUGAAGAGGCGCCUGCUAUCAAACCCCUUCACC